GAGUUUUAUAAUAUUGAGAGGCAAAAAAAGAAAUGAGUAGAUGACCCCAGCUAGAUUUGGGGGCCUUGACCAAAAACAAGGGAAAACCCUUAUUAAAGAUCCGCUAUGCACUUCUUUCAAGGCGUAAUAAAGGACAAUUCAAUAAGAUAAGAGAAAAACACCCCUGGUAAGAGUUGGCAAUGUCAGUUGCUAGCUCAAACUGAUAUGAUUAUCACAUAGAAGUUGCCCAAAAAAAUACUGAAAAAUGAAAAGUGGCUAAAACAAUCAUUAUUAAUUUCUCAAAGUUGAGGAAGAGGAGCUUAAGGGGCAGGUCAUUUUAUUAGUAUUUUACAGUAGCUGUGGCGGUGGUUAAUCAUCAAAAGCUCUCUUUUUGAUGCCAGAGUGAGUGAAAGGCAGGUUUGUUAUGAAGGAGGGAGUUUGAAGAAACCCCAUAUUGAAUAAAGUGGUUUUGAUUUGAGGGAAAAGCUUGAAUGGAAGGCAGGGUUCCAAAAGGUUGGGUUCUGUAUCUCUGACUAGGGCUUGAAUGGGGGUAUUUAUUAUGCUGAAAUCAAUGUUGUUUGCAUAAUUGACUGCUUCCAUGGACUUCUUUUCAGCUCUUUCUUUGAACAGUCUUUUUUAGCCUCCUUUCUCUCUCUCUUGGGGGGGCCUUCUUUAUGAAUUUUGGUACUUCAAGUUCAGUGCUGGCUUUGGAAAUGGUAGCUGCCAAACUCGUGUGAGCUUUGGUACAUCUUUUGGGUACUUGGAUUUUGUUUUAGCCCUUUGGCAAUUUCUCAACAUCAUUAACUGAAGCUGUUCCAUCUCCUUCUGCUUCUAACCUUCUUCCCUUUUUAACUUCAUACUUGGACAAGUUUCUAGUUCCUUUAGUUUCUCGAGGGUGUCCUGGAUUCUGGUUGAUGGUUGUCACUGAAUCGUGUUUGUUCAAUUUGUGUUGGAACUUGGGAGGCUUCAUCGGUUAGUUGGUUUCUUUGAAAUUUGACACCACUUUUGAUCAUUGUUUCAUGCUGUACUAGCUGCCAUUUACUGUUGAAGGGUACUCUUUUGUGAGUUUUCUCUGAUUUCAUUAUCAGUCAGUUUGAAAGAUAUCAUAGAAAGGAAUCUGCUAGUGGGGUGGUUUGAUAUCACUUGUUAAGAGGGUUGGAUAUGAGUGACAAAGAGAAGUUUGAGGUGGAUAGAAACGAGGAUCCUAUGAGUUAUUCUAGUGGUAUGCACUCGGAUUGGAGAUUUGGGGGUGCACAUCUUGCAAGUUCUUCUGUAGGUUUAGUUGGCUUGGGGAAUUCUAUGAAUGUCAACAGAGGGGAUUUGAUUGGUUCUUCAUGUUCCUCUGCUUCAAUGAUGGACUCAUUUGGUCCAAACUACUGGGACAACCCCACCAGUUCCCAAAACUUGGGAUUUUGUGACAUCAAUGGAGGCACUUCAAAUACUGCUGGAAUCAGAAAAGAUGGCUUUGGUUUUGGAAGAGCUGGUCAGGAUCAUCAUGGGGCACUUGAAAUGGGUUGGAACCCUGCUAAUUCUAUGUUACCAAAUGGACCAGGGAUGUUUCCCCACAGUUUAUCUCAGUUUCCAACUGAUUCUGGAUUCAUUGAGAGAGCUGCAAGAUUCUCAUGCUUCAGUGGAGGGAAUUUUGGUGAUAUGGUGAACUCAUAUGGGAUUCCUCAAUCCAUGGGGCUGUAUGCUGGGAGUGGUGGGACAAUGCAUGGAGCAAGAGAUGCUCUUGCAGGCCAUGGCUUGAAAUCAGUAACUGGAGGGCAACCUCAGGAAAGUGAUAUGAAUGUAAUUGAAGCUACAAAAGAUGUGUCUCCAUCUGUUGAGCUUCUGGCUGCUAAAGGAAGCCCCCUCAAGAGUGAUAAGAGAACUGAAGGCCAUGUUAUAUCUCAAGAUGAAGGGAAACAAUCUCUUGUUAGGCCCGCUAAUGAGUCUGAUAGAGCUGAAUCUAGUGAUGAUGGUGGUGGCCAGGGUGAUUCGCCAAUGAUGGAGGGUACUAGUGGGGAACCUUCUACCAAAGGGCUAAACUCAAAGAAAAGGAAAAGAAGUGUGCAGGGUGUUGAUAAUGAUAAGGCCAAUGGAGCACCAGAACUACCCAGUGAAGGUGCAAAGGACAACCCUGAGAAUCAACAAAAGAGAGACCAACAACCAACAUCAACCAUCAAGGCUUCUGGGAAGAAUGCCAAACUGGGGUCUCAAGCUUCUGAUCCACCUAAGGAGGAAUAUAUACACGUUAGGGCUCGGCGGGGUCAGGCAACAAAUAGCCAUAGCCUUGCUGAGAGGGUGAGGAGGGAAAAGAUAAGUGAGAGGAUGAAGUUUCUUCAGGACCUUGUACCUGGGUGCAGCAAGGUCACUGGCAAGGCAGUAAUGCUUGAUGAAAUCAUCAAUUAUGUACAGUCACUUCAAAGGCAGGUUGAGUUUUUGUCUAUGAAACUUGCAACGGUAAAUCCCCGGCUGGAUUUUAAUAUUGAAGGGCUUCUUGCUAAAGAUAUUCUUCAACAACGGCCUGGUCCUUCAUCUGCACUGGGGUUUCCUCUAGAUGUGUCCAUGGCUUUUCCUCCAUUACAUCCAUCUCAACCAGGGCUGAUACAUCCAAUUAUUCCCAACAUGGGAAACUCAUCUGAUAUCCUUCAAAGAACCAUCCAUCCACAGUUACCACCCUUGAAUGGUGGAUUCAAGGAGCCGAAUCAGCUGCCUGAGGUAUGGGAGGAUGAGCUUCACAAUGUUGUACAGAUGAGCUUUGCAGCAACUGCUCCCGUGAGUAACCAAGAUGUUGAUGGUAAUGUGUCAGGAAGUCAGAUGAAAGUUGAACUUUGAUGUUUAGUCUACCUAACAUUCAUCUUCACAAUAGUGCGUAUUUUGGCUUUUGGCUUUCAUUCUUGUUGGAUGGAAAUAACCAAGAUCAGAGUUUUAUACAUGACUUACCAAACUUGAAGGCCGUGAUCAGAAUUCCCUGCAAUAUAUUUUAGAUGAGAUACUAUUGAGUAAUGUCCUGGUGUCUAGGCCUUGGGGGGCAGUCACAUACCCUUGGGGAGGAUUGACUCUAGGUUAGAGGAUGUAGAGCAGUAUUCAUGGAUGUUUCCUUUCUUUUCAAGCGUGAAUAUAUGUAUCAUAUGUUUAGAAGUGGAAGUCUAUUUUAUCAAAUAGGUUUGCUCACUAAAUAUAUUAAAGAAUGUAAAGACAGGAUCUCACUGAGUCUGAUCAACCAGGAGAAAUUCUAAAGCAAUUUUUUUUGUUGGGCUGAGCAUAGUUUACAAAAUGCUGAGAACCUGUUCAUGGUUGAGUUGAUGCUUGCUAGGGGCUUGAACAUAUUGUAAUGCUUUUCUGCCCAACAUGUAGCUAUGUUACAUUCUUUGAUGGAACAUGUUCGGAUUUAGACGAUACACUAGCAUUUUGUUGUAAGUCUUUCAUUGGAUUAUAGCUGUUGAUGAGUUGGAAUGAGUGCCACAAUUAGGAUUC